GGGCAUAUUUGUCGUCUUCUAUCAAUAUAUAUUGUAUCUCCUUUGUAAAGUCUUAUUUCCCAGUGAACCUUGAAUAAAGCAACUUUUCUCUGUACAAUCUGCUCGUCUCCCUUUCAUCCUUUCCAUCAAGAAAUGAUAUUAUGUAAGCUAUUACAACUCAGGUAGUAUGGUGCUGAUACUUUACAGGAUACCAAUCAUGCUCCGAGGUACCCAAUCCCGAAAACGUGAUCUUGUGGCCGCCGGACUACUCGAUGGGUCGCCAUAUCAGAAGAAGCUUAAAACAGAUGCAAACAGAAUAUUGUAUAACCAAAUCGAAGCAGGUGUACACGACAUGUUGUCUGGCAUGAUCGAGGCAGAGAAGGACAAGGAGGUAACGGAAAAAUUGAAGUUGACGAGGGAAAAGAAAGCAGAGAAUAAGAUAAACCGUGGAGACUGGGUUGAAAGACGUCGUUGCUAUUCUUGUUUUGUUACAAUUCCUUCGAAGGACAUAUAUGAAAAGUGUGAAAGGGAUAAGAAAGAACAAAAGAAAGAUUUGCCGGAGAAUUGCAAGGUAUGCGAAAAAUGAUUAGAUCAGAUUGUGUAAGAGAUGAAAUUGUGGCUCAGCGUAUGCAUUUUCCUCCAAAAUAUGUUUGGAUAUAAGCAUGAGUGUUGUAUACACAUCGAGUGAUGCUUAAUAUUUUAAAAUAAUAAGACACA